GAUGUUCCUCCCACCAAAGACCACCGCCACACACACACAUCCACACUUGUUUAGUGAGUGUUAACCCUCCAGCCGCCAUGUGGGGGCGUCACAGAGCAGCAGCAAAGACUGCAGGAAGGCUGUACUGACAUGCCUGAGCGUGCACGCACACACACACACACACACACACACAUACACACACACACACAGUAGGAGCAGGCGGGGAGGGAAAGAAAUUCCGUCCGCAGUGGUCCAAGGAGGCCUGACAAUCCACAAUGAGGGUUUAAGUCACCGCCGACCUCCUGGUGCAUCUUCAGUACUGCGACCCGAUGCAGACCUGUCCUGACAAGAAGACCGACAGAAGCAGCUCAUGGUCUAAAGUGUCUGUAAACUUUGAAGAAUGCCAAGCGGUUCCGCAGGACCUGCACGCUGAUCCAGAACGCUGCCUCGGAUUAGAAGCUCUACAGACAGAGCAGCUCACCUUUUGGAUCUCGAAGAAGACACUUUUUCUUCUCCUGCUUUGACUUGGUGAACCCGAGAAGACAAACUCUUGGACUGAACAGAACUUUGUGAAGGAAAUGGUUGGCGUGAUGGUGGAAGAAUGAGGUGGACCUACAAGUGAGUGAUAGUCUCACUCCGAAACCCUUCAUGGGUCACCUCUGAUACAUGAAGCAAAACCGCAUCAGAGCAGUCUCAAGUUGCGGGGCCACACACGUCAGAGCCGAACAGUGCACCUCCUGGUUCUCAUUUGUCUCUCCCUCGGGCGUCCCACUUCAUCAAGUGGGCCCGAGAUCUCUGUGACGGGCUCCAGCACCAGAACCUCAGUCAGCUUUUUGGACUGAAACCUGACCACAAAGUAGUAAGCUGAAGGAAAAUGUGUCGGGUUCUUUGACGGUUAAGACAAAUACGUGCAGCAGAACUAAAAACCUCAGAAGUCUUGAAACAUCUCUGAGGUAUUUGUCUUGGACAUCAGAGCGAUCAGUUCUGUUGGAUCUGAAGACGUAAAAGCUGCUAGUGGAUGACAACGGUCUUGUCUCGUGUGACAAGUUCUGUAGAAUUUGGGUUUUGUCCAGAAAACAAGUCUGCCUUGUUUUCACAAAGGACAUUCCAAUUGUCAGUAUUCGAUUUCCUUUUCCCAGAGAGCACGGCCAGCUGGCGAUGGUUUUGGUUCUCGUUCUGGAGGACGUCCAAUGAGUCCAGAUGUCUGCGCAUCAAUCGCCUUCUGUUGUUGGACCUGUUACGGCGCCAGCUGCUUCCAGUUGGAGAUCUUGUUCUGAGGAGUGCAAACCAUCAUGGGGGACAUGUUGACCAGGAUUUACUCAACUUCUUAGACGCUUCUUGACUUUUGGACCAACGUCUGAGGACAGUGGGCCUGGUCACAGCCGUCAUGGCCGCCGGGGUUUACUUCCUACGCUGGUUGGGCCUCAGGUUGUGGUCUCGCCGAGGUACGCUGGUGUUCCUUCUGUUCUGGUUCGGGUCUUGGCUGCUCCUCAAUGGCGUAGUUCUGGUCCACAGGAGAGUCUUGUCCGACUUCUGCACGGACGACAGGAGCAAGAAGAUCCUGCAGCGGCUGUGUUCCGACUUCAGCCAAGGCUCGGCGGCGGGCGACAUGUGCACGGACCUGUGCGUCCGCGGCCUGGUGGAGUACAAGCGCUGUCUCUACUACGAGAGCGGCAAGAAGGUGAUGGAGGUCCACUGGAGAGGACAGCCCGUCAUCCUCAAGUCCAAACUGGAUAACUUCUCCUCCUAUGAGCCUAUGGGGGUACUGGACUACCAGCAAGACCCGGCAGAGGACCUGUCGCCUCUUGACGUGGUUCUCUAUGCGACUCUGGAGGUGCGUAACUGGCUGGGUCUGCCAGAGGAGGAAGGUAAUGACGAAGGGGGAGUUGCUAGUUCUUUGUCCAAACUGUGGAACGGGAGGCUCAGGUCCAAAGACAAGACCUACUCCAGAGCGGAGCUGGCCUCCUUGUGGUCUCUGCUGCAGCAGGAGGAAUAUACCUUUCUCAGAGUCCUGCAGGACCUCAGCACACACGUGGCCAAGGUGUUGGGUUCCUGCGGGCAUUUCUACGCCGUGGAGUACCUGUCUGCGGGCCACGCCUGGGACCAGAACAUCUUCUCUCUGGAGGAGGUGGUCGGGUCCGGAAGCCUGGCGGCGUGGAGUGCCCGGCAGAAGGUCCACCGCAUCGCUCUCAGCUUCCUGGACAUGGUGCACCACUUUGACAACGACUUCACGCACAGAGUCCACCUGUGUGACGUCAAACCGGAGAACUUCGCCAUCAGGAAGGACCUGACUGUGGUGGCCAUCGACGUGGACAUGGCCUUCUUCGAGCCCAAGAUGGAGGACAUUCUGGACCAGAACUGCAGCAGCGACGACGACUGCAACUUCUUCGACUGCUCGUCCUCGUGCAACCUGAUGAAAAGACGCUGCAGCCGCCAUCGCUCCAACUCCAACCUGCAGGUGAUUUGUGAGAAGAUCUUCAGGCUGUGGUUCUCUCCCACGCUGCUGGGCGCCAAAGCAGGGCUCCCCCUGCAGGUCAGUGUGCGUCUGACGCCUUCUUUGCCGCCUAAAGUUCUCCCACAUUGUUCUCUGCCUCUGGUGGCUCGGAGCAGGUGGAGCUUCAGCGGGCCGUGCAGGAAUGUUCCGAGUCCGACGGCGUGGGCCGCGGACAAGGCCGGGACGUCCAUCGGCGCCUCCUGGAUAUCCUGACCCGCCUCCUUCAGGAGGGGGGAGGGGCUUCAGGCGAAGGACGGCGCUGAACUCCCGAAGCAGGACGUCGCAUGUUUCUCCAUUCGCCUCAUCAGUGAGGGCGUUGUCAUGGUUACGGCGGAUAAAAACGUUUCACGGUGGUCUCAGGAUGGCAUCGUGCCAUCGCUGUCCGUCAACACGGCGGCCGAGCGACCGACUUCAAAGGCGUUCAUCAAGCCUGCAAGACGAGCUUCAGGUCGCAGCUUUCUCAAGGGACU